AGUGCAAGAAUAAGACAGAAGUUCUGCUGAAUAGUUAGUUUCUGAACAUAAAAGGGACAUUUUUAGAAGCUUAGGUUGCCAUGGAUGAAGAAUUUUUACAAGGGCAAAUCAAAAAGCUGCAAGAACAACGAAUGUCUAUGCAAAAGAAAACCUUCACCAAAUGGACCAAUAAUGUUUUCUACAAGCACGAUGCAAACAUCAGGAUUCAAGAUCUCUACACUGAAUUGAAAGAUGGUAUUUAUCUCCUACAGCUGCUUGAGCUGCUGUUUAAAGAACAGCUGCCCAAGCCAGCCAAGGGCAAGAUGAGGGUACAUUUUCUGGAGAACAACAGCAAAGCCCUCCAGUUCCUGAAAUCCAAGCAGGUACAUGUGAAGGUAAUUGGGCCUGAAAACAUUGUAGAUGGAGACCGAACUCUCAUCCUGGGGCUAAUCUGGAUAAUUAUCCUUAGAUUCCAAAUUGCUUCCAUCAGCCUUGAUACGGAAGAGUUUGGAUCCAGGGGUGAUGACCUGUCUGCAAAUGAUGCCUUGCUGGUCUGGUGUCAGUGUAAGACUGCCGGCUACUCCAACGUGAGUGUAAAGGACUUCUCCAAAAGCUGGUCCAAUGGGCUAGCCUUCAAUGCCCUCAUCCAUGCCCACAGGCCUGAUCUCAUUCGGUACAGCUCCUUGAGGCAGGACCAACCCAUCAGUAACCUCAAUAAUGCUUUCACUGUGGCUGAGAAGCAUUUAGGAAUCACAAAACUAUUGGAUGCUGAAGACGUGGCUGUGCCCUUUCCAGAUGAGAAGUCUGUUAUGACCUAUGUGUCAUUCUACUACCAUUAUUUUUCUAGGUUGAAGCUGGGCCAGACUGUCCAAAAAAGGCUAGCUAAAAUUGUUUUCUUUCUAAAGGAGACUGAUGAUUUGAAGUCACAGUAUGAGCAAAUGGUCUUUGAGCUCAUGCAAUGGAUUAAGCUCAAAGUAUUGGAACUGGAUGAUCACCUCUUCCCCAACUCCCUACAAGAGAUGCGUGUUCUCAUGGGCAACUUUAAGACCUUCCGCACUGUGGAGAAACCUCCCAAGUACAGGGAGAAGGGGAUAAUAGAAGCCAGUUUUUUCCACAUCAGAACCAAACAACAAGCCAACCACCAGCGCCCUUAUUUGGCCCCAGAAGGAAAGACAUUGCAAGAUUUAGAAAGAGAAUGGGUGAAUUUGGAGAAGGCUGAGCACAACCGUGGAAAAGCACUGCAACAGGAACUGUUGAGACUAGAAAGAGUUGAACAGCUGGUCCAGAGAUUCCUGAAAAAAGCAGGUCUUCGUGUGGCCUACUUGGAAGCUAUGAGGGAGACCAUGAGCAAGCAGGAUUCUGGGAGACCUGAGAACAUGGAGCAACUUGAAGCAGCUGCAAGGAAGCUGGAGGCCAUUGAGACGGACAUGCUUCCCAGAGACACGCGCUUCCAAGCCCUGGCUGAAAUGGCAGCAGAAAUCAAGCAGGAAAACUAUUAUGAUCACAUUCAGAUUACAAAGAUGCAAAGGGACAUUGCACAACAAUGGCAAGAUCUUUUAAGUCAGCUCCAAAGACAAAAACAAUCCCUGAAAGUUACACAGGAUGUUUUGGUCCUUCUGAGAGAUAUUGAUACUAUUAUGGAAGAAGUUAAACAGCUGCAGGUCCUGGUGAAUUCUCAGGAUUGUGGUAAAGAGCUUUCAGAGGCAGUAGAUUUAUUGGAGAAGCACCAGUUAGUUGCCUCCCAGGCUUCUUCCCUUGAGGAGAGGAUCACACAUAUCUCUAAAAUAGCCAAUGAGAACCUGAAAAGUAAAUCAAUCAAAUCAGAUGUGCUUCAAACUAAACUUUGGAUGCUCCACCAACUUCAUCAGAACCUUCUGGAUCUCUGUAAAACACGACAAAACCAGCUGGGAGAGGCUUUGAAGUUUUUUGAGUUUUUCCAUGAGUGCAAAGAAGAGGAGCUGUGGUUGUCUGAUAAAUUGAAGCUGGUGAAAACAGUAACCUUAGAUCUCAAUCGCAUUGCUGCCUCCCUUCAGAGCCAUAAGUACUUUGCUAGUAUUGAUGAGGCAGACACGUGGCUGCAGGAACAUCAAACCCUCUUAGCCAGCAAGGAUUAUGGGAAGGAUGAAUCCAGUGCAGAAGCUCUGUUGCGUCGCCAUUUUCAUUUGGAGGAAGAGAUUGCUGCUUAUUCUUCAGAAAUAAGACGCUUGGAAGAGCAGGCAUAUUCUGUGGCACAGCAGGCUGCAUUGGUGAUAGUAUCAGUGCCACCAGUAAAUGCAGAAGUCCAUGACAUCACAAUCCAGAAGACAAGCAAAGCAUCUGGAAAUCAAUCUAUGUCAGGGACUUCAGCCAAAACUCCAUUUAUUAUUCCAUUUGGCUUUGACCCUCGUUUUGUCACAGAAAACAUCUGGAGAAGCAAGAAUAAGAUUGACAUUUUGUAUGAAAAACUGCAGACCGUGACUGAGUACAGAAGGAAAGCAUUAGAGGAGACAAUCCGACUGAACCAGUUCUAUGCUUCCUGUGAAGAAUUUCAGUCUUGGAUAGGUGACAAAGAAUUUUUUUUCCAAACUGAACAGCCAAAAGAACAUAAUGUGGAAGCUAUGCAGCAGAAAUAUCAGAGUUUCCUAAUGGAAUUGGCUGCUGGGAAGAACCAAUUGAAUGAGAUCAAUUGCUUAGCAGAGAUGUUUUCUAAGAACAGUCCAGGAAAACAGGAGGCAAUUCAAGCCCUCCAGAAAGAGAUAAACUUGAGGUGGGAAUGCCUGGAAACAUUAAAGGAAGAGAAGGGCUCAGGGCUGAUUGGUAUAGCUGAUGUGAAAACUUUCCUUCAGGACUGCCAGGACACUCAAAAGUUACUACAAGAUGGACUGACUCGUCUUGAGGAUUUAGGACAUGGGAACAUGCCUGCUGUUCUGGAGGCAGAGCAACAGAGACUCAGUACCUUUGAGAGAGAGAUCUUGGUUGAGGAGAGAAAAGUUGAAUACCUGAAGAGUGUGGCCAAAUCGAUCAAGGAUACCAAUCCUGCAGAGAGCAAGACCAUAAAAGAACAGGUAGAAGACAUGGAGGUGCUACUGUCAAAAUUAAAGUCAAAGGCAGAUGAAAAGGGGGCAGCUUUGCAAGCAGCACAGAGCCAACAGAUCUUUCUGCAAGACAGCCGUAGACUACUUUUAUGGACUGAUGGCCUGAAGGAGAAACUAACCACUGAGGAGACAGGUGUAGAUGUAGCUUCUGCAGAGCAACUACUACAAGGGCACCAAGAUUUGCUGAAGGAACUGCACAGCCAGAACAAAAGGUUUAAGGAGUUGAAAGAGGUGGGUCAAAAGAUAACAGAUGCCUCAUCCAAUAUCAGGGCUCUGGAUGUUGGUGAGUCCAUGCGUAACCUUGAUAAGAAGAAGACUGAACUGGAUGAGUUGUGGGCCAAGAGACAAAAGAUGCUCCAGGAGGGUGUGGAACUGCACAAAUUCAAUAGGGAAGUUGACCGUAUCAAUGCAGCGCUCACCACCCACGAGGCCUUUCUCCAAACUGAUAACAUGGGGGACCAUGUGAAUUCUGUUCGGAGUCUGCUGAAGCAACAUGGGGAUUUUGAACAAGUAUUGCUGAUGUUAAAACACCGGGCAGAUGCGGUUAAUGAGCAUGGAGAACAGCUGGUGGAGAGGCAUCAUUUUGCUUCUGACAUCCUUGAAGAGAAAAUGUAUGCUUUACGGGAUAGGUGGAAAUGGCUGACUAAUAUCAAUGAACAAAGAAAGAAGAUGCUACUGGAUUCACUUCUGCUACAGGAGUUUAAUUACGAUACUGCAGAGCUGUUGAUAUGGAUGGAGGAGAAGUACAAGAUAGCAUCAGAUGAGUCCUGCCGAGACCCAACAAAUAUCCUACACAAGCUGAAAAAGCACGAGGCUGUGGAACAAGAAAUGAUGGCCAACAAAAAGCACUUUGUGGAGCUGAUCGUGGCUGGAAACCAACUGGUUCAGAAUGACCAUUAUGCUGCAGAUUCCAUUCAGGACAAGAUGUCUGAGCUGAAGAAGAAAUGGGAGAAGCUAUACAGGAAGAUGAUGGAGCAAGGAGACAAACUGAGGCAGGCUGGACAGAAAGAACAACUUAUGGAACUUCUUGAGGAUGCUGAAGAGAAGAUAGCGAAGAUAGAGAAAGUCCUUCACAAUGCAGAUGUGGGUCAUGACUUACGUUCCAGUCGCAGUCUGCUUACAGAACACAGUCAGCUGGAAAAUGAGAUGCAGCGACUGGCUGAGAAAAUGAGUUCCAUUGUCCUUCAUGCCAAAAAAAUGGCUAUAGAUAAUUUUGACAGUGAGAGAAUUCUGGGUGAAACACAGAAGUAUUUGGAAAGGUAUUACUCUCUCCAGGAGCCUAUUGCUGAGAGAGGCCAGUUGCUGCAGGCAAGAGUGGAACUUUACCAGUUCUACCAUUACCACGAUAUGGAAAUGAAAUGGAUUAAUGAACAAAUGUCAAUUGCCAACUCAACGAACCGAGGCAAGUCCUUGGAUGUGGCUGUAAGCUUGCUACAGAAGCACAAGGAAUUACAAGCAGAGGUGAAUGCCCAUAAUCACCAGGUCUUGAGGGUUCUAGAGAAAGGAAGAGCAGUGUCAGAAGGCAAGCACAUGCCAUCCCAGAGAAUCAAGGAAAAAUGCCAGGAGCUGAGUGAAGGCUGGGAAGAGCUGGAGAAAGCAUGUGAGGGAAGGCUCAAGCAGCUACAGCAUUCUAUUGCCUUCCAUCAGCUUUUAAUUGAUAUAUCAGACCUGGAGAGUUGGAUACUGGAGAAGCUCCCACUGGUAAUGAACAAAGACUGUGGCAAAGAUGAAGUUGCAACUCAUAAAUUCAUAAAGAAACAUAAGGCGCUUGAGCACGAAAUUGACAUUUACCAGAGUUUAGCAGGGGAACUAGAGGAAAAGGCCAAAACCCUGCCUCUCCCAGGAUUCAUUCACUUUGAUGAAGUUGAUGCACCACAGGAGCGAGUUCAGUCACAGCUUCAGGAACUGCAAGAACUGGCCUCAUCCAGAGGGAAAAGGCUGGAGGAAACUCUCGCACUGCAUGACUUCUUAAGGGAAUAUGAAGAUCUGAAGGAAUGGAUCCAUCAGCAAAUGCAGGUUGCCAACUCUAAUGAUUAUGGUAUGGAUUACGAACAUGUCCUGAUUCUUUGUGCCAAAUAUGAAACAUUCCAGCACCUGUUGGAAGCUGCUGCCAAGAGAGUUGCUAUGUGCCACCAGCAAGCAGAGGAUAUGGUGCACUGCAACCAUUUUGAAUUCAGGGAUAUUCGGAAGAAGCAGAAAUGCUUACGGAACUUGUGGGAGGAAUUGCUGCAGGUGACAAAAUUGCGAGGAGAUCAACUGCAAGAUGCUGAGGCAAUACACAAGUGUCUGCAAGACCUGACAGAUGCCCUUAUCCACAUUGAGGAGAAAUCUAAGACCAUCUCUGAUGAUAUUGCUAGAGAUCUAAGUGGCAUCCAGUCCCAGUUGCGCAGACAUUCAACCCUUGAGCAUGAAUUAUCAGGGAACGAGCAACAGCUGCAAGAGCUAAUUGAUGCCGCUGAUGGUGUGCUCAUCUGCUGCUCUGAAAAGCAAGCAGGGGAGAUACAAGCAAAACAGCAGGCAGUUGUGGAGAAAUGGGAGUCCUUGAGAUGUAAAGUGGAGCAGCGAAGGGAUCAGCUGGAACAAACCUGCAAACUUUUCCACUUUCAAACAGAAGCCCGUUCCUAUUAUUCCUGGACAUCUGAGGUGAUGAGAGAAAUGAUGACUAAGGAGACUGCUCGAGAUGCGUCCACAAGUGGAUUGAAGCUAAGUCAGCAUCAAAAGCUGUUGGCAGAGAUUGAGGCCCAUGAUGAGGUUUAUCAUCAGGUGCUGCAGCUGGGACAAGAGCUGCUCCCAGAAGUGAAAACUGCAACAAAAGAUAUCCAGGACAUUUUGCAGGCCUUGUUAGAAGAAAAGAAUAAAGUAUGCUGCAUGUGGACACAGAAGAAGGAGUGGCUGGAGAAGGUCCAUCUUCAACAAAUGUUUUACAGGGAUUGUGAACACUUAGAAAACAUAUUGAAUUCUCAAGAGGACCAUCACUGCAACACUCCAGAUAUACCCAUCUACAUUUCCACUGUGGAAGUCAUGUUGUCUUCAAGUAGAAUGACCCAGUCACAAGCCUCCAAAUCAGCUGUCUGGCGUAGCAGUUUCCAGAAGAUGCCAUCAGCAGAAAUUCUAUCAGACUCAGCCUGGUAUUUUCCAGCCCAUUUAUCAUCUGCAGAGACCACGCCAAGAAACGACAUCUCACCAUCUGGCUGUAUAUCUUCUACAGUUUAUAGUUCAAGGCUCGAUAUAGUCUUGGCACAAGCAAGUAAGGGAAAAGGCUUGGGGAAAGGCAACAGUUGUGUUAAUCCUUCUGGCAUCGGAUCAGCAUGUCCCACUCCUCCAUGCAACGGUUCCAGCAGUGUGGGUGCUUCGUCACCACUCACCUUUUGCAAGUCAUGUUCAGUAAGUGACUGGAGCCACACCUCUACUGAUCACAUAGGUCCCAAGCAAUUUGCAGCAUCUUUGCCUUCUACAACUGCUUCAAGAGCUCUGCCGUGCUGGACGUCACGACUGGAUGUUGCUCUGUGUGCCAUUCCACCUGUUUCACGGUCUCAUAGCAAAAACCUGCACACAGCUCUGGGCCCUUGUAGUGCAGAGACAACACAGCAUGGCUACAGUCAGUGCAAUGCUCAGCUUUCAGAUCUCCAUGCUUCAGUAAAGCUUUAUAUUUCAACUUGCAGUAUAGCAAUAAAGCCUUUAAGAACUGCUUCUCAAGCAAGCAGCCAUACUUACUCCAGCCUUUUAUUACCUCAGUUGAAAAAGUUUUCUUCUGCAUAUUCUGGUUGCCCAACAGAAUCCCAGAUGACCUAUCACACCAUCCCUUCAAUAGCAUCUGAAGAUCUUCAUGUAACUGAGUUCCAUGUUACCUCCACUGCUGGUCCUGGUCUUCCUCAGCAAACAGUCUCCAAAGAGAUACAGUUAUCACCUAUUUCAACAUCUAAAGGAGAUCAUCCUGUUGGUGAAAGGCCAGCCACAAGUGGACAUUUAGAUCCAGAUCUGGUUGUCUUUCAGAACCCGCAUUCAUCUGGCAAAGAGUUUGAAAGGACUUCAAGCCCUGGGAUAAUUCCAGCUCACCAGAAUGUUUCCAAGAUAACCCUGAUACUUGCCACACCAUGGACUUCCUUCCCAAUUCAAGUGAUACGAGAAUACAAGAAAAGUCCAGCACCUUCCAUCCUUAUCAGAGCACCAGGUACAGUUGUUCCACCUUUCCACUCUGGUGACAUUGGCUCCGGCUUCUCACUGUCAAUAAACUCAGUUUGCUAUCCUGAAUUGCUGCCUUCACAACAACAUAGUACAAAUUCAGAGUCAAAAACUUUUCAGGAACCAGGCAGCAUCUUGGGGAAUGCAGAUCAAGAUACACUGAUGUAUUUGAAAAGCAGCGACUUCAGGAGUACAGUGGAUGGGGUGGAGCAGCAGAUCAAGAAACAUGAGGCUUUUGAGAAACUUCUGGCCUCCCAGGAUGAAAAGGAAUUGUCUCUUCAGGAGCAGGCAAGUAGACUACAACAGAACAAUGAUCUGGAAGGAGCACCGAUCCAGCACAAGCUCAACAGCGUGAUAGAGAGGAGAAGACACAUCAAAGAGCUCUCCAAAAGCAGGCAAGAAACAUUGCAGACAGCCCUUCUUGUGGCCAUCUUCUACCAGAAUCUAGCCGAGGCAGAAAACUGGAUUGAGGAGUGUAGACAAAAGCUGAAAGAGUCUCCUUUUCAAAGUCUCUGCAGUCUGAGUGACAAAAUGAAGCUUCUGCAGAAGCAUCAAGUCUUUGAGACUGAGAUUCUAGCCCACAUGGACCAAAUCUCAGCUAUUAAAAUGAGAGGAGAGACCUUAGUGUGCCAGAAUCAUCCUAAAUCAGAGGAGAUAAGUCUCAAGACCCGCUUAGUUCAAGAACAAUGGGGGAAGCUGCAGCAGGUUGUUACUGCUCAUGGAAAGAUGCUUGAAGAAAGCAGGGAAUUCCUGGAAUUUUUGCAAAAAGUGGACCACGUAGAAGCCUGGAUUAGAGACAAGGAAGUGAUGAUUAAUAUCGGUGAUGUCGGAAAUGAUUAUGAGCACUGCCUGCAACUCCUGAAAAAACUGAAUGAGUUUCGAGGCACAUCAAGGGAAAUGACUGUGGAUGAUGUUCACAUCAAAACCAUCAAUGCCCUUGCUUUGAAAUUAGAGGUACAGAACAAGGAAGAAAUAAAAACUGUAUAUCAACGCCGGAAACAGCUCAAUGAGAGGUGGAAGAAUUUCCAUGGUGACUUGAAGGCAUAUAGAAGGAAGUUGGAAGGAGCUCUGGAGAUUCAUACCUUGAUCAGAGAAACUGAUGACAUAACAGAGAGAAUCAGCGAGAAGAGUGCACUGGUACAAGCACUGGACUAUGGGAAAGAUGUGGAAAGUAUAGAAAACCUAAUCCGAAAACAUGAAGAAACGGAAAGAGAAAUUGGCUUCAUACAGUCCAAUAUGGAGUCCCUGGAGCUGGAAUCAUUCCAACUUUGUAAAAGGAAUCCAUCCCCUAUAAGUGACAAACUGACUAUGAAGCAAAAGGAGAUGAAAAAUCAUUGGCUACGACUCCAAGGCCAGGUCAUGCAAAGAAGGGAGAAGCUGGCAGCCUCUUACCAGUUGCAGAAGUUUAACUCUGAUAUGAAAGACUUUCUAGACUGGAUUCAAGAAAUAAGAGGGCCAAUGGAGGCUGAGAGUCUACCUAAAAGUUUAGCUGAAGCUGAAAGUAUGAUCGAAGAGCAUGAUCAACGAAAGGCAAAGAUUGAAGCACGAGGAGAAAGGUUGAGUUCAUUAAUCACCUAUGGUCAGGAGCUCACCAACUCUGGACAUUAUGCAGCUCCUGAGAUCCACCAUUCCCUCAUCCAGCUACAACAGUCCUUGACUGAAAUGAUCCAGGUUUGGCAAGAACAACAUCUAAAACUGAUUCAAGCCAAGGACUUGCAGAAAUUCCUUGGCUAUGUGGAAGAGAAUGAAAGCUGGCUGAGCAGCAAAGAGGCCUUUCUAGCAAACAAGGAUUUGGGGCAGGAUUCUUUGUCCAGUGUGGAGAGUUUGCAGCAAAAACACAUGCAAUUUGAAAAGGCCCUGGAAGCUCAGAUGAAGGAGAUUGACAUCAUGACAUCAUUUGGCCAGCAGCUGAUGGACAGCCAGCAUUAUGACUCUGAGAACAUAAUGAAAAAGGUUCAGACAAUUCUCAGGAGAAAGGAGAGGCUUCUAGAAACUUCUUUGGCUCACAGGCAUCUUCUGGAAGAAUCAAGGCUGCUCCAAAACUUUCUGCACAAUUCCUUUGAGGUGGCAGCAUGGAUGAGUGAAAAAAACAUUGUUGCCUUGGAUGAGAGCUGGAGAGACCCAAGCAAUCUUCCAGCUAAAUUGCAAAAGCACCAGACUUUCCAGGCAGAGAUCAUAGCCAGCAGAAAUGACUUGGAUCGCAUUCAAGCUGAAGGAGAAAAGAUGCUCCAGAAUGGACAUUGUGCCUCAGAUACCAUCCAGUCCAGACUACAGGAAAUAGAGGACCUUUGGGAUGAAUUGUUGGAAAACUGCCAUGAAAAGAAAAGAAAGAUGCAGGAUGCCUGCAAGGCUCUACAUUUUCUCCGUAAUGUGGAUGAUGUGGAAAAAUAUCUGGAAGAUCUAGGAAGUGAGCUGAAUGUACCAGAAAGCAGCCCUAACCUCCUGGUUCUGAACGAUCUUCUAAAGAAACAGGAGGCAUUAGAAGAAGAUUUUGCUGGCCGUAAAGAGCAACUACAAGAGUUUAUAAAUAAAGUGCAAGAAUUUCAGCAGGAGAAGCAUUUUAUGGCAGAUGAAAUAGAAGAGAGAGUGGACCAUGUAGUGCAUAGGUACAAGAGCCUUAGGGGGCCGUUGCAAGAGAGAAGUGGAUGCUUGGAGGCCAGCAGGCUGCAGUAUCAGUUCCUCCAAGAUGUCACUGAGGAGUUAACUUGGAUCCAUGAGAAACUCCCUCUGGCAUCCUCCAGAGACUAUGGCCAGUCUCUUGCAAAUGUUCAGAGUUUGCAGGAAAAACACCAGAAUUUGGAAAAUGAAAUUAAUAGUCACGAUGCUUUAACUAAAGCAGUUAUUAGCACUGGCCAAAAGCUGGUGAAAGGAGGGCACUGUGCCUCACAAGACAUCAUGGAAAAGGUUAAAGAGUUGGAGGUUGCCUUAGAAAGCCUGAAGGGUGAGGUUCAGGAGAGAAGAAAGAGGCUCAUGCAAUCAUAUGAAAACCAACAUUUCCUCACUGAGCUUUUGGAAGUGGAAUCCUGGAUGGCAGAGAAGGUAUAUGUCUUGGACAUCCCAGAUUAUGGACAGAAUGAAGAAUGUACUCGAGCACUGCUUCGUAAAGUAGAAGCUAUCAAGCUUGACUUAGAGGGAUUCAAUUCCCGUAUUGAGAAGUUGAAAGAAACAGGAAACCACCUCUUGACUUGUGACAACCCAGAUAGCUCAAUUAUCCUUCCUAAGCUCCAGGCUUUGCUAAAUGAAUUUAACUCUGUCCUAACAAAAGUUGAGACCCAAACUAAAGUUCUACAGGAGCAAUCUCAACUGCAUCAAUUUGAGAGGGAAGUCCAGUUGGUGGAAGCCUGGCUUUUGAGCAAACAGAGCAUUGCUGAAUCAGAUAAUUAUGGUCAAGAUUUGGAGGAUGUUGAGAUUCUGGAGAAAAAAUUUGAAGAUUUUAUAAAGGAGGUGAGAUCACUGGGGUAUGCCAAGGUUCUUCUAAUAAACAAGUUGGCAUCACACCUCAAGAGUCAGUGCUACAGCCAAAUAAGUGAUGUCGAGAAGAGGGCUCAGCUGGUCAAUAACACAUGGGAGAGGUUGUAUCAAGCCACUCAAGCAAGGGCAGAGAAUCUGAGAGCAGCUCGGGAGGUGCACCAGUACGAUCACGAUGUCGAUAACCUGACGGGGUGGAUUCAGGAGAAAGAGGCUGUUGUGAACAGGGAAGAGUAUGGCUAUGACCUGUCAGGUGUGCAGACCCUCCUUAACCAGCAUGAGCGACUGGAGAGGGAACUAAUAGCCAUUGCAAAAGAACUGGAAAGGAUCAGAGGAGAGGCUUGGCGUCUUGGCCGAUUGUACCUUCAUCCCAGAGACAACAUGAUGAGUAGACUUUCAGAAGUGGAUGAGUGCUGGGAGAAACUAAACAGGAGGUCUUCAGAGAGAAAGCAGAAGCUACAGCAGGCAGAACAAGUGCAGAUUUACUUUGCUGAUUGCAGAGAUUGGAUGGCCUGGGCCAGCGAAAUACAUGCCCUGAUUAUAUCUGAGAGAUUGUCAAAUGAUCUUCUUGGUGCUGAGCUGCUUAUUAAACGGCAUGAAGAGUACAAGCAUGAUAUAGAGAAGCAGUCGCUGAAAUAUGAAGAGUUGCAAGAAUCUGGAAGAAGCCUGAUGAAGGAUGGGCACUUUAUGUCCAUAGAGAUUGAAGAGAAACUCUCUGAACUAUUGGAGCUGAUGAGCAAAGUGAGGGAAUCCUGGGACAUGAGGAAGGAUUUGUACAAGGAAAACUGGGAGAUCCAGUUACUGCGAAGGGAACUGGACCAAGCUGAAGCUUGGCUGACUGCCAAGGAAGGUUUUGUCUCAGAUCCUAGCUAUGGGCAUUCUAUCUCUGAUGUUGAGCAACUACUGAAGAAACAUCAAGAUUUUGAAAAGAUGCUGGAGGCCCAAGAGGAGAAAUUUGCACAGCUGAAUAGAAAGACAAAGAGAGAAUUGAAGUUACUGAAACAAACUGGCAUUGAGGAGAGAGAGAACUUGAUCAAGGUCCCCUCUCUACGAAGGAAACAUUCAGACAGGAGGACAAGGAUGCUGAACAACCAGCACUUGCCAUCUGUUUCAUCAAAAAAGUCCAAACAGAAUUUACACCAGCCAAGUGCACCAAAGGUGCACCUACAGGAUUUGGCCCUGGACAGCCAAAUCUCUUUGCCUUCUUCAUUACCCCCUAAGCUGAAAACCAAGCAAGCUGUCAGUGAUAUGAUACCUCUACAUGAUUACGAUUUUGUGCCUCCAAGCGUGCAAGACAGUACUAGUGAUAGCUUCCUCUGUGAUGUGGAAACCAAAGGCACGUAUGCUGUGUCUGCACUUAGCAGAGAAUCAUUAGAUACUUCUCCAACUCUGUUGAACUCAGAUUUGUCUCCUGAUUCAGAAACUGCUUCACGGGUUUCUAUGGUACACCCAAGCAUGGAAGGCGUCUUAGAAAAGAGGGACCAGAUUCUUCCAGGAAGGAAACAGCCAAAGACAAGGACUUGGAACACUUUUUAUGUUAAACUUGAAAGACAAAAACUUGACUUCUACAGUGAUGAAAAGGAUGCAUCUCAGAAUACAACUCCCGUUUUGUCAAUCAGCACUGCUGAAGCCAAGUGUGAGAAAUUGCCUAACUAUUCCAGGAAAGAAAAUGCCUUCAGCUUAAGGUUAAACGAUGGAGCUGAAUACUAUGUGGCAGCACCUUCCCAGGAACUGAUGGAGGACUGGAUUCAAAAAUUACAGAUUAACAUGGGCCACCCUAGCAACCUGCAUUUGCUGCAGAAGGAAUCUCCAGCACCCACAAAUGCAGUGAGGCCUCAGGCAAAAUCUUGGAGCUUUGUAGCUGCAUCUUCUUCUUCUUCUGACAGGCAAGUUGUCAAAGGUUUACUUCCCAGGAGAACUCCUUCCUUCAAAUUUAAACAAGAAAAAAGUCUUACAGGAGGUCCGCAGGAAUUAGAAGUGGCCACUGAUUUUUGCAAACUCCUUAUCUUUGAUCAGGACCAUGGAGAAUCUGAUUCUUCUGUGACUUCCAUGGAGUCAGAUCUGGGAACUCUGCUGAUGCCCAGUCCAUCGGAUCUCCUUCAAAGCUGUCACAAAACCAAUCCUUGUUCUAAUGGCAGAGAAAGAGGAACUCUGAAGAAGGACACUCAAGGAAACAAAGCUGAAUGUGUGGAUGAAAAAGCAAAGAGUUUAGAGGAUCUACAGGCUCCAGGGAGAAUAGAGCCAGAGAAAGAAGUCAAGAAACAGAAACAAAAGAAAGAGAAGACUGUCUUUCAGAAGAUUUUUGCUAAGAAAUAAGAAUAGCAAAAAAAGAGAAUGUGCUGCAGUUCUUUGAAUGAGUAUGGCUGUUCUGUUCACUGAACUGUCACUAAAGGCUAUGAAUUCCUCAGGAAGGCAGACUUUGGCAAAGAAACAUCCAAAAAUUGUUUGGAAAAAAUACGUACAUUGCAUUCCUGGUAUUAAAAGGCACGAGCAUCUCCAAAUGAUCAACUGUUCUCAAUGCUGUAUGCUAACAAAAAAUAUCAACUUUAAAAUGGAGGUAAAUGGCACUAGAGCUGAAGAAAAGAAAAUGUCUGUUCCUAUGUUUUAAUUUUUAAACAGUUUUUUCCUAAAGAAAACUAGCCUUUAGGUAAUGGAAUGGAAUCCUGAUUUUUCCCCCUGACCCUUCACUAAUAUAAACUUUCAGUGUUUCUCUUCAAAUAAAAUGAAUUACACAUAAGA